CUCAACAUUCCGACUCCCAACCCACCCUACCCCACUGUCAGUUUUCGACCGGCGAUCUGUGGCAAUGAUCUCUCUAACAUCGGCCGAAUUAAACUACCUUGUCUUCCGUUACCUAAAUGAAUCAGGGUCGGAUGUUUGUGUUAUGUUGGAUCUCGUGCAGUGCCGACGUGAAUACAGCAUGAUAACUGAAGUGUCUGUGUAAUGAAGGCAAUUUAUGAGGAGCUAAAAGUCUUGGAGCUCUUCUCAAUGUUUUCAGAUAGCGAUAAAGGGUUCACACAUUCAGCUUUUGCUCUAGGAUAUGAGGCAGGGAUCAAUAAAAGCACAAUUGAUGGUAAUUUAGUUCCACCAGGUGCUCUUGUUACCUAUGUUCAGAAAGGAAUUCAAUACCUUGAAUUAGAAGCAAACUUGACUAGUGAUGAUUUGGACACAGAUGAGGAUUUUCAGUUCCUGCAACCUUUGGAUCUUAUCACGAAAGAUGUAUAUGAACUUCGAAAGAUCAUAAAGGAGAGAAAAGAGAAUAUGCAGAAGGAUAAAGCUAAAGGAAAAGAGAAAGAAAAUGCUGAAAAUGACAGGGAACGUGAACCUGAAGCUGCAAUUGAAAAAGAGAAGGAACCCGCCAGAGGAAAAGAAAAAGAAAAACAGCCGAAGGAGAUAGAAAAGGAACAAGACAGUGAGAGGAUAGAUAAAGAAAACGAUAGAGGGAAGGGCAAAGGCAAGGAAAAGCCACAAGUGGAUGCCACUGGUACAAGUCAAAAUGGAGAUAAGAUUAGCGGCAGACUCGAGGAGAAUGAAAUUGAUGGAGGGCCAGAACCUAUGAAUAUAUGCACAAGUUCAACAUCUUUGCCCUAUGAAAUCCCAAGUAGUGAUGUGUUUUUUCUGCAGGGCCACACCUCUGAGGUUUUUGCAUGUACGUGGAAUCCAACUGGUUCACUCCUUGCUUCUGGGUCUGGAGAUUCGACUGCUAGAAUUUGGACAAUUGCAGAAGGACCAUGUAGCUCUACCAUGCAAGAUGGCCCUUUAAAUGUUGUUGUACUGAAGCAUUUCAAGGGUAAAACAAAUGAGAAAAGCAAGGAUGUCACAACACUUGAUUGGAAUGUGGAGGGGACGCUACUUGCCACAGGUUCGUAUGAUGGCCAGGCAAGAGUAUGGAAUAAAGAUGGGGAGUUGUUCAGUACUUUAAAUAAACAUAAAGGACCAAUUUUCUCUUUAAAGUGGAACAAGAAAGGAGAUUAUCUUCUUAGUGGGAGUGUGGAUAAAACUGCUAUUGUGUGGGACGUUAAGACGGGCGAAUGGAAACAACAAUUUGAGUUUCACUCAGCUCCUACUCUAGAUGUUGAUUGGAAAAACAAUGUUACAUUUGCAACUUGCUCCACUGAUAGCAUGAUACAUGUUUGCAAAGUUGGAGAGAACCGACCUAUCAAAACAUUCUCUGGGCAUCAGGGUGAAGUUAAUGCUAUCAAGUGGGAUCACACUGGCUCCCUGCUGGCUUCAUGCUCUGAUGAUUCUACUGCAAAGAUAUGGAGCAUGAGACAGGACACCUGCAUGCUUGAUCUGAAGGAGCAUGCCAAAGAGAUAUAUACUGUUAAAUGGAGUCCUACAGGAUCUGGUACAAACAACCCAAAUAAGGAAUUGGUGCUUGCAAGUGCCUCUUUUGACUCGACCAUAAAGCUGUGGAGCGUGGAAGCUGGGCAUCUUCUCCACAGCUUAAAUGGCCACAGGGAACCGGUUUAUUCGGUUGCAUUUAGCCCGAAUGGUGAGUAUUUGGCAAGUGGAUCACUGGAUAAAUGCAUGCACAUAUGGUCUGUGAAGGAAGCUAAGAUUGUGAGAACUUUCAGUGGAAAUGGUGGAAUCUUCGAAGUUUGCUGGAACAAAGAAGGCGAUAAGAUUGCUGCCUGUUUUGCAAAUAACGUGGUUUGCGUUAUAGAUUUUCGUAUUUAGCAAUGGAAGAAUUUCCUUAAACUGCCUCAUGUCCGAAGCUCAUACUUUGGAUCAGAGAAUAGGUUGUCUGAUGAUGUUUUUAGGUUUUUGGUUUCUCUACAGAUGUAGAGAAUCUGGUAUCUUUCUGAAUCAAUCAUUCUGUAGUUUGAUGAAAUUUGUUUUCCUGCAUCAAUGUCAUCAAAUUCUCUACUCCCAUCAUAUGUUUGGAAAGAAAGAUUAAAUAUUAUUCGAUUGGUUAAGAAACGAAACAAAGUUGAAACCUUAUUCAUUAGACUAUUGAGUCAUAUCCAACAUUAUGUAUAGAUUAAUAAUAUUAGUACAUCGUUGUGUACAGAUGUAUGACAUGGAAGAGAGAUUAUAUUAAUUGAGGUUCUUUUCUU